AUGGAUGCUUGUGUGUUUACUAGUUACAUGACAAUGAUUGUUAACGGGAAUAAUACGAAGGAUUUUAAGGUGGAGAGAGGUCUUCGUCAAGAUGACCCUCUCUCGCCUUUUUUGUUUGUUAUUUUGAUGGAAGGCCUUACUAGGCUUAUGGAGAAAGCGGUGGAUUUAGGCGUUUAUAGGGGGUUUAAUUAUGGAGAGAAUUAUUAUGUGCAUAUUCUACAAUUCGCGAAUGAUACGAUAAUUUUCAGAGACGGUAGCAACGAUAAUUUGUGGGGUUUUAAAGCCAUUCUUAGAGGCUUCAAACUUAUGACGGGAUUGAAGAUAAAUAUGUGUAAAAGCAACAUUUACGGUAUUAAUCUCAGUGAUGGAAUUUUAUCUAUGGCUUCUUCCUUUUUAACUUGUGGAAUAAGAGCAAUUCCAUUUAAGUUUUUGGGGGUUAAAGUUGGCGACAGUCCCAUGAAGGUAGCUAUAUGGAGAGAUGUUAUUAAGAAUGUGAGUAGCAGACUAUCUAAAUGGAGUGCUAAGUUUCUCUCUUUAGGAGGGAGGGUGGUGUUAAUCAACUCGAUUCUCAAUAUGCGGAUGAUACAAUAA